AUGUACAUCAUUGAUUUCUGGAACGAUUCCGGGGCUCCAAUAGGGAAAUGUCUCAGGGAAUUGUUUGCAAAGCUGAUUUUAUUCAUAGAUCGAGCCCCAUCUAGAGACCUCAUUUUCGAAGCAUAUAUUGAUCGUUGUCUGCAGCUUCCAUAUUCUUCUCGAGCAUUAUAUUUCUUAUUAGACCAUCUUAUCAAAGAGCGACAAUGGAGUGUCUAUGUGAUCCAGCAGCGUCCGUCUUUUAUCCAAGAAGCUAUUGAAUACAUAUGGAGCAAUGCUCUAGCUAGUUGUAUUGGAAAAACUGUGCCCUUACUUCUAGGAAACCUAUACACAGAAGAUAAUAUAUCUUCUUGGUUUUCUCUGUGGAAAGAGCCUGUGCUUCAUAAUUUGAAGAUCCCAAAACUGAAAAAACACACAGAAACUUACCUGCUACCGAAUCUCUUCAAAAUUUGCAGACCUGCUACCGAAAUUUUUCUUGAUGCUGUGAGACCAAACACACCAAUAUUUCUUGGGUGCUUGAAAAUCGCGCAAGAUCUUGCGAUUGUCUCGGAUCCAACUAGCUUUUUGUCCUAUGACGAGUUCAGGGCUUUCUUGUUGCAACAGGAUGAUCGGCUACGGCUUGUGGCAUUAUCGUUGCUCCUUUCCUCUCCUAAGGGAGCCAUGCCUAUACAGAGCACAGUGUACCAACUUCUCGAGGACAUCACUGACCACCUGUUUUCCCAAACGGAUCUAGAGGCUAGAACCGCGUCUCUCUCGUUGCUCAACACUUUCAUUAUUAGAGUCAGAGAUUCGUCGUACGCUUUGGACCGAGACGCAAAGAGUUUGGCCAAAAAGAACUAUGCCAGAUUUGAAAAGGAGAUAGUAUACAAGGAAGCGCUUGUCUCGGAUGCUCAGCAGUUUUUGGCGACCCUGUUGGAGAAGGUGCUUUUCAAUUUGCGACCAGGUUCAUCGUACCACUGUGUUUCUUUUGGCUACGCAGUUUUAAAGUCUCUGGUGAAGUCCGGUCUCGAUAGCAGGGUUGACGACCGCUACUUCGACAAAUACAGACACAAUGGUUUUCCUUUUUCAAUGGAAAUUUAUUCCGCAACCCUGGUUCGCAUCCUCAUCGACCAUUUGUCAGAUGACUACGACGAUAUUCGUUCGAUUUCUUGCGAAUUUCUCGAAAUGUGUCCUGUUGACAUUGAAGAUUAUGUGGACCUAGAGCUUGCUCAAAAGAGAAGCCUACUGCUACUGUCCGACAUGAAGGGAAAGAGUGUGGACUUCGCGGGCAAAUUCUUUCAGUUCUUGGUUGGACAUAAGAGGGAUAAAGGCCUUGAUGUAGAGCCUGUCUUGCGGCUGCUGCUACAGAGCUUGAGGCACGAAAUUGACACCACGCACAACCUUGGAGAAGCUUGCUUCAAAGCCAGCAUGCAGGGGUACUUUUCUGCACUCAGGCAUAUUUACACGAUCAAGAGCGAUGAUUUGGAAGACCACGUUCCUGCGUUGAUCGGUUGUUGCAUGGAUAUUUGGCAGGUCACAAAAGGUGUGCUGCAAAAUGACUCUCCAGAAGGGAAUUUACCGGAGGAAGUGGAAGAAUUUAGUGCCGACCUGGAAGCAAAAUAUGGCAAAGCAUCGCAGGUGGUCUACAAUUAUUGCUGGAGGGCUUUGAAAGAGUCGACUAAUCUGCUCGAAAUACUAAUUUCAAACUACACCAUAGAUGAAGAGCAACUCCGAUCCAUAGGUGAGACUCUGAUGGAGCAACUUGCAACAGUCAGGCACAAGGGAGCAUUUACCUCCGUUUUCCCUACAUAUGUUGCAUGCUGUAAGAAAUCCAGCUAUACCCAGGAAUGGCUUGAUCAGACCCUUCAUCUGGUCAAGAACGAGAAAAUCUCAAUUACAAGAAGAUCUGCCGGCAUCCCGUUUCUUCUCACCGCUAUGCUACGUUCUGAUGGCACUCUGAUAGCCUCCACUAUGGAUAGUCUUGUUCAAAUUGCACAGCUACCGAUUGACCAAAAUGCAGCAGUAUCGACCAACAUCCCCCAAGUCAACGCCAUUAACUCGAUCAAGGCCAUCAUUGUGGAUUCUGUUUUGUCUCAUGAGUCUGCAAAUUACGUUGGACAGGCAUUGCAACUCGCUUUAGAUUCUUUUGGCUCGAGAAUCUGGGCCGUUCGCAAUUGCGGAGUGAUGCUUUUUGCUGCGUUGCAAACUAAGCUAUUUGGGAGCAAAAAAAUUAGCAACAAUCAUCUCUCCACUAUCUCUGCACGACUGUUCUUUUCCAGGUUCAAGACUAUCCGCAAUGUUCUUCUUGAAUCGCUUUCCGACUCCAUCAGCACAGGUUUCACAAGAGACAAUGUGGAAAAAAUGUAUCCUGUGCUUACCACAUUGACGCGGCUUGAAGCUACGCCUGGCUACGAGGGAUUGCAAGAAUUCAAGCCGCUCGUUCUUACGUGUUUGAGUAAUGAAAGCUGGAAGUUGCGCGAAAUGGCUGCAAGAGCACUUCCUGCUCUGGUGUCCUCCGACACAGUGUUUGAGGAAUGCUCUGCAUUACUGAAAAAACCAGGAAACCUUAAUGCCGUCCAUGGCUCGAUCUUGGCUGUUCAGGAGCUGAUUAUCCGACAAGAGCUGAAAAACGAAUGGUCUCAGGUUCCCAAGGAGUAUAUGGAUUUGAUUCUGUGUCACCUGCCUAGCAUGCUAAAGAAAAAGAACUAUGCUAUUCAACUGACGUAUUUCAGGCUAAUAGAGCUCACCAAGUGCAAACUGGAUCCAAAAUCAGUAGCCCUGUUGGGCAACUGGUUCAUUGAGAACGGCCAGAUGUCUAGACUUGACGGGUCGCACCAGCUGGCUUUGAGGAAGUGUGCAAGUUUACUUUUGGACUACUACAGGAAGUCUCGCAAAUGGAGCGUGUUUAUUGACUUUCUGGAGCUUGCAAUGAACUCCCUUCACGAGGUACGUGUUGCUGCAAUUGAGUCCUGUGAUGUAGAUCUCCCGGACAAUGUGAAGUCCGAAGCAAUCCGGAUUUUAUGGGACCUUUGUCAGCGUGAAAAUUGGGACUACGUUAAAUCGAUGGCCUUGAAAUGUCUGAAAAACCUUUUAGAAACGACAGAAUUUGAUGACCCUGAGAUGGUACACAGUCUUUUCUCUCUGCUUACCUUGCACACAAACAGUGAUAUCGAGAUGAGCUUGAUUGAAGCAUUGGGACCUUUGGUUGGAAAGCAACUGGACCCAUUGGAGUUCGAUGGCUGGUUCAAGACAGUCAAACGCCUGAGUGCUGAUAGCAAUGAGUUUCCAGCUAGAAAAGCAUCUUUGAAUGCACUCAUUGGGUUCAAUUCUGUUCAUACCGGAGACGAUGGUUACGGUGUUCAGGUAAGACUGAAAUUAUUUGAUUUUCUUUCUGACGACGACGAUGAACUCCGUUCUCUUUGCGCACACCAUUUGUCAGAUUAUCUCGGACUGAAAUAUGCGAUGGUCCCCAUUGAAGUGGAAAGAAGAUUGGUGGAUUAUUUUAUCAGUAUGAAGCAAGAAUAUGUUGCAUUCGAUGAUAUGUUCCAUCUGGCUACUCGAUGUGACUUCUGUGAACUAUUCGACACAGACUUGCUACUUUUCGCUCCAGAAAAGGACAAUUUCUACAAAAACCCCAUUCGGCGCAGUCUUCAGUUCCAGGAGCUCGCUUUGGAUGAGAAACCCAGCCUGGAAUUAUGGCGCAACAAGGUGGAAGCUAAUCUCAAGUCGAUUUCUGAGUUAGUCGACGAGGACGGACAUACGGGUGCUGGCUAA